UUGUUCACACUAGUUAUUGCAGUCGUAGCCACAAAACAGCCAAUUCGGAUACGACCUUUUCGCUGUGUGCAUGCACUCAGUGGCAAUACGUGUAAAUUUACUGCACCGUGCAGAAUCGCUAAUUACUAGGCCUAAUAUUUUCAUAAUCUCGUCGUUGGUUGCACCAUAAUGUCGAGCAUCAGAUCAUUAAAAGGUUUGGUUGGUCUAGUGACUGGUGCAGGGUCAGGUCUUGGCAAGGCAACAGCUCAGCGUCUGGUCAAGCAAGGUGCUAGGGUUGUCGUCUAUGAUCUUCCAAACUCAGCAGGAGAUGACGUGGCCAAGGAACUGGGAGACGACUGCAAGUUUGCUGCUGGAGACGUCACAUCAGAGUCUGAAGUAUCUGCUGCCAUUGCAACGGCAAAAAACUCAUUUGGUCGGCUUGACCUAGCAGUCAACUGCGCUGGAGUGGGAAUCGCUGUUAAAACCUACAACUUCAACAAAAACAGGGCACAUCCCCUGGCUGAGUUCCAGAGAGUUCUAACUGUGAAUGCUGUGGGUAGUUUUAAUGUGAUCCGCCUGUCAGCUGGUGAAAUGGGCAAGAAUGACCCCGGCCCUGAUGGGGAACGUGGGGUCAUCAUCAACACGGCCAGCGUGGCUGCAUUUGAUGGUCAAAUCGGACAGGCUGCAUACUCGGCAUCCAAGGGGGCUAUCGUUGGAAUGACCUUACCCAUUGCGCGGGACCUUGCCUCACAAGGGAUCAGGGUCUGCACCAUAGCACCAGGUUUGUUCGACACCCCUCUCUUGGCCUCCUUACCAGAGAAAGUCCGGACCUUCUUAGCCCGGAUGAUCCCCUUCCCAAGCCGCCUGGGUUAUCCUGAUGAGUAUGCCCACAUGGUCCAGUGUAUUAUAGAGAAUCCCAUGAUGAAUGCUGAGGUUAUACGAUUGGAUGGAGCCAUCAGAAUGCAGCCAUAAACGGACUUCCACCUUCAAAAUCUUAACUUUCCAUAUUUCUUUAAAGAUGUACUGUCCUUGCUUCUUUUUUUUUAAACUGCUAUAUUUCCAGCAGUACAAAAGUUACUCACUUUUGAAUGAGACUUCAAACGAAUAAAAUUGACCUAUGUUAAGAUAUGGAACAAUUACUUUUAUUUUAAAUUAAUUUUUAAAUAUUUGCAUUGAAAUAUUAACUAAUUUCUUGCAGGGUAGACUGGUUCCUGCCCCCAUCACAAUAGAUUACAAUGUACGUGGGGACCAAGAACCAGUCUAUUUGCAGGACAGAUAUGUUUGUGUGCAAAAGUGAACCAUAAUUCAGAUGGUUGCAGAUGCCCCCAAAAAAUAGGGGGAAAAAAAGGAGUUUCUUUUUUUUGGAAAUAAAAAUACCAGUUCAAAACUUGUCAAGAGUAAAAAGAGCAUGACAGUACACUAACUUAAUGUUUGUCUGAAGAGCAGUAAAAUUGUAUAUUAUGUAUAAAAAUUUUGAGAUAAAACUGUUGAAAUCAUAUGCUUCCUUUUGAGACAAGUUUUGAAUCAGUCAACAAGCAUGAUGGUCUUUUGACUAACCCUAUCAAUACAGUGUCAGUGCCCAAAACGGCCUAAUCUGUGAAAGUAGCAGGUCUGAUCAAAAUGGCCAUAUUCAUCCUCUUUGGGACAGCCUUUGGCGGGAGUUUGGCCUUCUGCACUGAAACAAACCAGACAUUAAAAUUGCACCUGUGCUUAUGAAGCAAUAUAACUCAAUUUACCCCCAUGAACCUCAGG